AUGUUCAGCAUGAAAAUGUCAAAGCUAUUAAGGUCCGACCUAUAUGUCCAACCUACUCCGGUGAUGAUUAAGGACUACUCAUAUCACAAUAAGUCACUGAAUAAUGACUUGGAAAGCAAUACUUUAGCAGUCCAACAAAUCGAAGCUUCUGAAGCUCUCUUUGAUUUCCUCUUUUUUUCUCUCUCCAUACCAAACGACACUGUUGCUUCACCAUACCCUAUGGCCCCUCCAAUCAAAUACAAAACCAACGUGGCUAAGCUUCAAGCUAUGAAAGCAAAGUGUUCCCGGUACUAUGCUAAGUGCCGUGAAGAGAUUCUUGCAAAAAGGAGGGAGAAAUACCACAUCAACAAAAACCGUCAAAAGGAUGAUGACGGCAGUGACAACAAGCACACGGGUGAUGACUUGGAUAAGGGUGGCGACGAGUGUAGAUACAUUAGCUGA